GCUAUCGGGACACAGACGCCCUCACUGCCCGCCUUAUUCGCACACAUGUCGUGGUGGCCACCAGAGAGGAGAUAGUGAGUGACGGUGUUCUGGGGACUGAGGGACACAGGAAGAGGAAACCGGGACGACUGGAGGAGGGCUGGAGCGACGCCGACUAGAGCAGUAGCAGCAGCAGCAGCAGAAGCGGCAGUAGCAGCGGCACCAUGGCGCAAGCCGCCAAGCAGCUCCGUAAGACCAAGGACCUCGCAGAGGCCGCCGCCCAGGAGCAGCGGGAGAAGGAGGAGGAGAAGAUAAAAAAGAGGAACCGCUCCAGGGACCGCAGGCGCAAGGCCGAUGCAGCAACCAGCUUCCUGCGUGCCGCUCGUUCCGGUAACCUGGACAAGGCUCAUGACCACCUGAAGAACGGAAUCGACAUCAACUCAGCCAAUCAAAAUGGUCUCAACGGGUUACACCUGGCCUCUAAAGAAGGCCACGUUAAAAUGGUCCUGGAGCUACUGCACUCCGGCAUCACGCUGGAAGCCACCACCAAGAAAGGGAACACAGCUCUCCAUAUCGCGGCGCUGGCAGGGCAGGAGAAGGUGGUGGCUGAGCUCGUCAACUACGGAGCGAACGUUAAUGCCCAGUCACAUAAAGGGUUCAGCCCCCUCUACAUGGCAGCACAAGAGAAUCACCUGGAGGUGGUGAAGUUCCUGCUGGAGAACGGAGCCAAUCAGAGCCUCCCAACUGAGGACGGCUUCACUCCCCUCGCAGUAGCCCUGCAGCAGGGCCAUGAAAAUGUCGUGGCACUGCUCAUCAACUAUGGCACCAAGGGCAAGGUGCGGCUCCCCGCUCUGCACAUCGCCGCCCGUAACGACGACACGCGCACAGCCGCUGUGCUCCUGCAGAACGACCCCAACGCUGACGUGCUCAGCAAGACUGGUUUCACACCGCUCCACAUAGCAGCCCACUAUGAGAACAUGAGCGUCGCCCAGCUGCUGCUGAACAGAGGAGCCAAUGUAAACUUCACCCCCAAGAAUGGCAUCACGCCCCUUCACAUAGCCUCCAGGAGGGGCAACGUGAUGAUGGUCAGACUACUGCUGGACAGAGGAGCACAGAUUGAUGCCGUAACCAAGGAUGAGCUGACUCCUCUCCACUGUGCAGCACGGAACGGUCAUGUUCGCAUCAUCGAGAUCCUGCUGGAACACGGUGCUCCCAUCCAGGCUAAAACCAAGAAUGGUCUGUCCCCCAUCCACAUGUCAGCUCAGGGGGAUCACAUGGACUGUGUCCGGCAGCUGCUGCAGUACAACGCUGAGAUCGAUGACAUCACGCUGGACCAUCUAACCCCUCUUCAUGUAGCAGCCCACUGCGGUCACCACCGGAUGGCCAAAGUCCUUCUGGACAAGGGGGCCAAAGCCAAUGCAAGAGCUUUGAACGGCUUUACACCUCUCCAUAUUGCCUGCAAGAAGAACCACAUGCGGUCCAUGGACCUGCUGCUCAAGCACUCUGCCUCCCUAGAAGCUGUCACAGAGUCUGGUCUCACUCCUCUUCAUGUAGCAGCAUUCAUGGGCCAUCUGAACAUCGUCAAGAACCUGAUCCAGAGAGGGGCUUCACCUAAUGCUUCCAAUGUGAAAGUGGAGACUCCCCUCCACAUGGCCUCCAGAGCAGGACACUGUGAAGUGGCUCUGUUCCUGCUGCAGAACGCAGCACAAGCGGAUGCCAGAGCUAAGGAUGAUCAGACACCUCUACACUGUGCGGCCCGCAUGGGUCACAAGGAACUCGUCAAGCUGCUCCUGGAGCACAAAGCCAGCCCUGACGCAGCUACUACUGCAGGCCACACGCCCUUACACAUCUCCGCACGGGAAGGACAUGUCCACACUAUCCGCAUCCUGUUGGACGCCGGGGCACAGCAGAUUAAGAUGACCAAGAAAGGCUUCACUCCCCUCCACGUGGCCUCUAAAUACGGGAAGGUGGACGUGGCCGAGCUCCUCCUGGAGAGAGGGGCCAACCCUAACGCUGCUGGAAAGAAUGGUCUGACACCCCUUCAUGUGGCCGUCCAUCACAACAACCUGGAUGUUGUUAGGCUCCUGGUCAGCAAGGGAGGAUCUGCACACAGCACCGCCCGAAACGGUUACACUGCACUGCACAUAGCGGCCAAGCAGAACCAGAUGGAGGUGGCCAGUUGUCUGCUGCAGAACGGGGCGAUACCAAAUGCUGAGUCGCUCCAGGGCAUCACGUCCCUACACCUGGCCGCUCAGGAGGGACGGCCCGACAUGGUGGCGCUGCUCAUCUCCAAACAGGCCAACGUCAACCUGGGAAACAAGAACGGGUUGACCCCUAUGCAUCUUGUGGCUCAGGAAGGUCAUGUGGGAAUCGCUGACAUGUUGGUCAAACAAGGAGCUUCUGUUUACGCUGCCUCACGGAUGGGAUACACACCCCUUCAUGUGGCCUGUCACUAUGGCAACAUCAAAAUGGUGAAGUUUCUUCUGCAGCAGCAGGCCCAUGUGAAUUGCAAGACCAGGUUGGGCUACACUCCCCUGCACCAGGCAGCUCAGCAGGGCCACACUGAUAUCGUCACCAUGCUGUUGAAACAUGGAGCGCUGCCCAAUGAGAUUACCACGAACGGGACGUCUCCCCUGGGUAUCGCUAAGCGGCUGGGCUACAUCUCUGUCAUCGACGUGCUCAAACUGGUUACCGAGGAGUCUGUCUCCGCGAUCACCACGGAGAAGCACCGCAUGAGUUUCCCUGAGACAGUAGAUGAGAUUUUGGAUGUUUCAGAGGACGAAGGGGUUGCCCAGCUAACUUUAGGAGACGAGUUGCUCGGGAUGGAUGGAGGACGCUAUUUGAAGCUUGACGACUUCAAGGACCAGGACGACGACUUCCUCUCCCCUAAGAAAACCCUCCGAGACUUUGAGAGCGGCAUGGGAACAACGCCCUACUCUCCUGCUAUUCCCAGAAUCCCUUGUGUGUCCCCGGAGACUGUACUGCUGGAUCAGCACACCCCCAUCCCCCUGCCUAAGGAGUACGAUGACGACUCUCUCAUCCCGAGCAGCCCGGCUACGGAGACCUCAGACAACGUCAGCCCUGUGGCCAGCCCUAUUCACACCGGCUUCCUGGUGAGUUUCAUGGUGGAUGCUCGGGGAGGCUCCAUGCGAGGCAGCAGACAUCACGGCCUGCGAGUCAUCAUCCCGCCUCGCACCUGCACCGCGCCGACACGCAUCACCUGCCGCCUGGUCAAGCCUCAGAAACUGACCACGCCCCCUCCGCUGGUGGAGGGGGAGGGGCUUGCUAGCCGCAUCAUAUCCUUAGGGCCGUCCAGUAUGCAGUUCCUUGGGCCGGUUAUAGUAGAAAUCCCUCACUUUGCCUCCCUGGGCCGAGGGGACCGGGAGCUGGUGGUCCUCCGCAGCGAAAACGGCUCGGUCUGGAAGGAGCACCGCAAUCGCUAUGGUGACGAAGUGCUGGAAACCAUCCUGAAUGGCAUGGAUGAAGACCUCGAGAGUCACGACGAGCUGGAGAAGAAGAGAAUUCGCCGGAUCAUCUCCACUGACUUCCCCCUCUACUUCGCCGUGGUGUCCCGCAUUCAGCAGGAGAGCGAUCUGAUUGGUCCAGAAGGCGGACGGUUGACCAGUAAGCUAGUCCCACGAGUCGAGGCCAUCUUCCCCGAGACGGCCGUCACCAAGAGAGUGAGACUCGGGCUGCAGGCGCAGCCAAUCCCCGAUGAACUGCUGACUCGGCAGCUUGGCAACCAGGCGACCUUCAGCCCAGUUGUCACCAUCGAACCACGCCGACGCAAAUUCCACCGUCCAAUCGGGCUGCGCAUCCCUCUGCCACCAUCCUGGCGGGAGAGUCCUCGGGAUGCUGGGGAGGGCGACACCACCAGCCUGCGCCUCCUCUGCAGUGUCAUUGGUGGCACGGCGCCAGCUCAAUGGGAGGACAUCACUGGAACCACCAAGCUAAUGUACGCACACAGCUGUGCCAACUUCACCACCAACGUUUCUGCAAGAUUCUGGCUGGCAGACUGUCCGCGCACGGCAGAGGCAGUGACCUUUGCCAAUUUGCUGUACCGCGAGUUGAUGGCUGUUCCAUAUAUGGCCAAGUUUGUUGUUUUUGCUAAGAUGAAUGAAGCACGUGAGGGACGCUUGCGUUGUUACUGCAUGACAGAUGACAAGAUGGACAAAACACUGGAGCUGCAUGAAAACUUCACCGAAGUGGCCCGCAGUCGAGACAUAGAGCUGAUGGAGGGAAUGCCGCUGCACCUGGAGUGUUCCGGGAACCUGGUGCCCAUCAGGAAGGCCACGCAGCAGCCUCGCAGCUUCAGCUUCCAGGCCUUCAGAGACAACCGGCUGCCCGUCUCCGUCAAGGUCAGAGAUAGUAACAAGGACUCCACUGGGUUUCUGUCCUUUCUGCGGAAGUGCACCAAGUACGAGGACGCACAGCACGUUCUGUGUAACCUAAACAUAAGCAUGCCACCCUGUGUCAAGGUUGCUGGAAGUGAGGAGCGCCGGCGGACCCUGACCCCCCUCGCCUUGAGGGAGCGCUACAGCGCGCUGAACGAGCCCGGUGUGGCCACAGUGAAUGCCAUGGAGAGGACUGAGCUCAAGAUCAACCUCAUAUCUGAGCAGCUGGGUCUGAGCUGGGCAGAGUUGGCACGUGAGCUUCAGUUUGGUGUGGACGACAUCAACAGGAUCCGUGUGGAGAAUCCUAACUCGCUGCUGGACCAAAGCUCCGCCCUGCUCAACCUGUGGGCCAGCAGAGAAGGCAAGAGGGCCAAGAUGGAGAGCCUCUACACGGCUCUAAAGAACAUCGAUCGUGCCGACAUCAUCACCUCUCUGGAGGGUCAGCCUCCACAGCUGGUGCCCGGGUCUUUAGAGGAAGGCGCCUGCCAACUCAGCGACCGCGACUCCACCCUGCUGUCCCCCAGUGUCCUCAAUGGUUAUGGGCUGGUGCAGGAUGAGCUGCUGUCCCCGGCCUCCAUGCAGUACAGCUUGCCCUCCCCGCUGGGCACAGAGCCCUACUGGCAGGAAGUCUCCAGCCUCGAGUGUGCCCCCAUCGCCACCACCGAAGAAGACACGUUAAUGGAGAUGUCGGACGUUCAGGUGUGGCCGGCGGGGGUCAGCCCCUCAUUAGUCACGGUAGAGGACUCGUCACUGGACGGCAGCAGUCGUGCCGACGACUCAGAGGGCGCCACGCUCUCCCUUCCCUACAGCUUGGGUCGCCCAAGCAGCGGAGCCAGCGGGGCCAGUGGCUCCAUCAUGGAGCUGGAGGAGGAGGAGGAUGAGGAGGAAGGGGAGGUUGAGGAGGAGGAGGCGCCACAGGAGCCAGCAACUGCUCUGGCAGAAUGGGACAGGGUGAGGGCCAGUGGCGCCGUGCCCAAGGUCAACUUGAACGGCCAGCUGGGAGGUCAGAGGUCUGACGGGAGGGGAGGAGAGGUCCUGGCAGCAGGAGGAGGAGCAAAAGGGGGAGGUGGAAGUGUAGGGCUGGGUUCAGUGGAAGGGAUUUCUGUCGUUGCAGGCCAGCAGGUGUACGCCCAGCGGUGUGAGAUCUCGGGACGAGGAUCGGACCACAACGGAGAUAACCGGAUGGGGGGAGGCGGAGCGUUCCAGCCCUACCUCGCAGACAAGGACUCCCUGCAGGGCUGGGUGGGCUCGGUGACGGCGGGGCGUGACGGCGGCGUGCCGGGCCUGCGAGUGGCCCAGGAGGCUCUGCUGACUCCGAGAGAAGAGAAAGAGGGCUAUGCUGCCGAGGUGCAGUUUGUAGACGAACAAGGACGCACGCUUCCUAGAAAGGUGGGGGUGGAUGUGAGAAAGGGCGCUCAGUCAGCGCAGCGCACCAGUCUGCGGAGAGUUAAACACUGAAAUACACAUACUGCCCCGUCCUCCAGGGCCGGAAAGCCACUGCCAAAUCAUCCUCAACAAAAACACAACCAGAGCGCAGAUGGAAAUGAGAGGAAGGGGAGGAGAGGAAGAGUGAGACAAAGACUUAAGAAGUGCAAACUACAAAAUGACAAACACAGAAAACAUCCUCAAUGUGUGACCAUGGAGCACCAUGAAACAAAAGAGGCUGAGGAGGGAAAAAAAAGAGGAGUUCAACUUGUAGUUUUAUAACAUUUGUAAGAAAAAUAUCAACUAGACUAAGGCAUGAUUCUUCUUCUUCUUCUUUUUUUACAAAAAAACAUAAAUGUCAGUAAACAACCAAGAAAAAAACAAAACAAAAAGUGCUUCCUGUGAACUGUAAUCGCAUGAUGACUGCUGGUGCAUGCCCUAUGACCUUUUGAACUGUCAUUAUCUACAAACUGAAGGGGUACAAGGUUUGGGGCUGGCCCACGCCGGGCCUUAUUUAAAGGACCCUAUUCCCGCCAACAGGAGUUGUGUGUGUCGGCAAGUUGAGUCCAAUAACACCAAAAAAAAAAUAGAUCCCUCUAUGGACGGUUCCGUAUAGCUUCUGCUGAGCCUACUGAUGCUUCUUUCACUGUCCCCUAUUAUUCUCAAUGUGAUAUAUGCACUCUAUGCUACGUGGACAUGUGUCAGUGUGUGCGUGUGUGUAUGUGCGCGCGUAUUCUUCUCUACCGCAUGUGUUUCUUGAGCCCUGCCUCAUGAUUGGCUCUCGGGCCCUGUGAUGUCACGGUGGAGAAAGAAAAAACCGCCGUGCUCGCCCCCCCCCCCCCCCGCUCGUGAGUGUACCUGUCUGCGUGUGCUGCUAACGUCUUUUCCUUUGUGGAUGAAGCUUGUGUCUUUCCGUUCCUUUUUCGGAGCCAGUCCACCUUGGUUUUUUAAGUAAUGUCCGGCCAACGUGUGGAGCAUUUUGCCCCUGGUGUUUUUCUGUGGAAAGGGGUUGGUUGCUUGAUUGUAUUGUGCAGCGGCUCGACGUCACAAAGAUUUCCCUCCAUCGUGAACCUUUUCUAACUUCUUCCGUCAUUUCUCCAAGUAGCGCGCGGCAUCUAGACUCACGGUUCUUAUCAGUAGCCUCAGUCAAUAUGCAGUUAAAAAAAACACAGGCCUCUUUAUCAGCCUUUUCCAGCACCUACAUUUAAUGCUGACAACUUUGCAUGUGCUCCCUCUUUUUCUGUUUGAAACGGCUGUAGCACCUUACCGUACACGUGUAUUAAUUCAUUUGAAAGCAGUGAUUGAAACGUAAAACAAGGAGGAUCUGACUCGUGUGUCGUAGUUCAAUGGUAGCAAGCAUAACAUAGCAACUUGCUAAGACAGUAGCUACAACAUGGGAUUGUGAUGCGAGGACAGACAGAUAGCACUGUGAUUGUCUUACUAACACUGACCCCAGACUCGUGAACUGUGAAGACACACAAACAAAAGCACACAAACAUAAUCAGAAACACGCCACAUAUAAAAAGUUACUGCCUGGUCGGACAGUGUUCGAUUUUGGAGUUUGCCACAGCAAUAAUACUUAGCAAGAACAAUGAAGAUGCUAGCCGGGGUUCUGUAAAUUACAUGAUUGGGAACGGUGUAAAUGACUGAAGCUUUUGAGUUUGGCAUCCAUCAGCUGCGAGAUUUAAGGAUGCGGCUCUAACAUGAGAGGCAUUAUUUGUUUUUCAGCACCUAACGUAGCAACAAUUAAAUCAGGAUGUACCGGGAAAAAAAGAGUCUGCUGCUGCCGUAACCCUAGCUCCAUUUGUGUUUCUGAUUCAUUUCUUCAUUACUUUCAUACACUGACGUCACUGCAAAACGCCCAUGGUCCUCUUCAUCUCCAAAGCACUUCCUUUAUGCAGAAACCUGACGGGGUCGUACCAUAGUAGCACACAUUUAAUGGGACAAUAUUGAAGUACUGUAAAUGCUACUGUAGCCUGAAUGAGUGAGAUUGAUUGAUUGAUUGAAUGAAUGAAUGAGCGAGUUCAUUAGUUCUACAUCACACAAAUGCACAUGUUUUCCAUGCCCACUCCGUGCACACGAGAGCCUCAUCUGAUAUAGCACAUGUCUAUUACAUAUCACAAGUUUUCCACUGUUACUCCACUCAGGUUUUCCGUUCUGCUCGGUCAGAAUCAAAGUGUUUUCCUUUUUGAGUUCCAAGUCCUCCUUUUCACAGACGAGUGUGGGACACAAAGCGAGUGUUUCUGAGGAAGACUUGGGCGGGAUAGGGACGCAAUGGAGGGGGGUAAGGUGGUAUAGAGCAGGAUAGUUGGUGUGUGAGUGCGUAUGAGAGUGUGUUGUGGAGAGCUCUUUGAUUCAAGUAAAAGGAGUAUUCUGUAUAGUCAGUGACCUCUUCUAACAGGAAAGUUUCAUUAAAUUAAUGUUAAACAUCAUUUCCGUUAUUGUUGCAGUACUUAAAGUGUUUUAUUUAAGUCAGCUGCACUAUCAUUAUUAAUCUAAAGUGACGAGUUACCUUCUUUAUCACAUCUUGUACUGUAUCAGCGCAAGAAGGGGGUUAAAUUUGGGGAUGUUAAAGAAAAUGACAUUUAUCUUGUGUUAGGGUAAUCAUUUUGAGAUUUUAACCCCAAAUUGUAAACUAUUUGUGACAAUUUUAGCAAGAACCAUGCACUGUGUAUGCAUGUAAAGUAUUCUCGACAGUAUGUAGCUGUUUCGAUUAUUGGUGGUCUCACCGUUCAUACGAUCAGCUUUAUUGCUAGUCCUUUACAUUAUCAAUUCUGACCAAGUAACAACCAAAUUUAAAAAUGUCUCUUGGGAAAGCUUUGAAACUUAUUUAGACUUCCAUGUUGGACAUCAAAUAUAUAGAAAAUGUGAUUACUGCUGAUAACAAUCAAGAAAAUAUUUAAUUUUCUGGGUUAUGAUAAUUGUAUUCGAAAAGGGGUUCCCGUCUAUCAGGAGCUGUACUAUGCUAAAAGUGAGUGGUUGUUAAUCUAUCUUGAAAUCCAGAAGACAUUCGAGGUGUCCACCUAAAACUGAAUAUGUGGCUGGAGUUUAUUCUUCUGCUUCCUUCAUAACUUAGAUUUGCAAUUCGAAUCAAACAAGUCAGUGAGCCUUUGUACUAAGAUCAAUACAACUCCUGUGUGUGUGUGUGUGUGUGUGUGUGUGUGUGUGUGUGUGUGUGUGUGUGUGUGUGUGUGUGUGUGUGUGUGUGUGUGUGUGUGUGUGUGUGUGUGUGAUGGUGCUUGGUUUGAAACCUUGUUGGAUAAGGGGGAAGAAGAGAGUUUUUAGCAGACUUGUGACUUGAGAGGACGUGUAACCUAUGGCGAUGUAUUUAAAAAAAAAAGAGUAUUGUAAAAUUAACUGUGGCGAAAGAAUAGAGAUCACCUAUACUCCUUUAGAAUGGAUACAUGACAAUGUAAACGCAAUAUCAUAUUAAUCUAUCCUAAGGAAUGCAACUGCGCACAUGCACAAAAAAAUCUGUUUUUAUGAAAAUAUGUGUAUAAAUAUAUGACAAAAUAUAUUUAAUUAGAAUGCUAUGCACCCUCAUAGAGUUGUUAUGGAUGUUCUUUAAGCAUUAUUUAGAGUAGGCCAACGCCCACAUCAUGGGGAAUGUAGAGGCUUUGUAGCUAUGACCACUUGUUUUCUUUUCUUUUGUAUUGUGUUGGAGAGAGGAUAAACAAACGUGAAUAUGUAUACAAGCCUUUCAAUCAGAAUCAUUCUGACAUGAAAAUAUGUAUAGAUCAUCUUACCCUGUACACCAGCUCAAACCAUUUACAAGACUUAAUAAACAAAGA